GAAACGGCAAAACCAAAACUGGAAAGAGGUAGGAAUUGGGAAAGACUUGUCUUCCUUCCCAAGCCAAGAAGAAACCAUAUAUAUAUAUACACGCAUACGCGAGCUGUGGUGGAAUUGGCGAAUCACAAAUUCUGAGAUUUCAGAGAGAGAGAGAGAGAGAGAGAAAGAGAAGCAGCGGAACCGAGAGAGAGAGAGAGAGAGAGAGAGAGAGAGAGAGAGAGAGAUGGAAGGCGGAACAGAAGCUUUUCCGGAUUUGGGAGCCCAUUGUCAAGACCCUGAAUGCAAUCAACUCGAUUUCCUCCCCUUUAAGUGCGACUCAUGUCGAAAGGUAUUUUGUUUGGACCACAGAUCAUACGAAUCGCACAACUGCCCGAAAUCCGACCACAGAAACAGAAAAGUACAAGUCUGCAAAACCUGUUCGACGUCGAUCGAAACAACCGGCCGCUACAAAGACGACGAGAAGGCACUAUUAGACAGGCACGAGAAAUCAGGGGACUGCGACCCGAAGAAGAAGAAGAAGCCAACAUGCGCCGUGAGGCGGUGCAGGGACGUGUUGAGCCUUUCGAACACGAGUGUCUGCAAGAGUUGCCAAAUCAAGGUUUGUUUGAAGCACCGCUUCCCCGCUGACCACAGCUGCAAGCCGAAUUCCUCCGCUGUGACUGCCAGCGCUUCUGAUAGCAAGUUUUUGAUUGCUUUAGCAAAGAGAAACGUUAAUGGCGGUGGCAAUGAUUGCGCAAAGGAAGGUCGUGGCGGCACGGGGGUGGCAGCAUCUCCGCCUAGUACUCCGUCUGUCAAAGCCUGUUAAACAUCGUUAUUAUGCUUGUAGUUAUGGAUAACGGUGGCUGCUGCUGGUUUUUUUUUCUUUUUCAUUUCAUAUAUAAUUGAAUGUUGGACCAAUUUAAUCGGAUACCGAAUAUGUGUGACCAUUUUGAUGAA